CGGAGUGUUCCUCCCCUGGCUCCUGCUAUUCCCGGCGUGUUCCCGGGCAGUUCCCGCCGCUCUCGCCCCCGCCAUGCCGGUGGCGGCUGCCGCCCCCCUGAUCAGCUCCGUGCAGAAGCUGGUGCUGUACGAGACCAGGGCUAGAUAUUUUCUGGUUGGAAGUAAUCCUGCAGAAACCAAAUACCGUGUUUUGAAAAUAGAUCGCACUGAACCAAAGGAUUUGGUUAUAAUUGAUGAUAAGCAUGUUUAUACACAACAAGAGGUGAGGGAACUUCUUGGUCGUUUAGACCUGGGGAACAGAACCAAGAUGGGGCAGAAGGGCUCUUCUGGGUUAUCUCGAGCUGUCUCUGCUUUUGGUAUAGUAGGUUUUGUCAGGUUUUUAGAAGGCUAUUACAUUGUGUUAAUAACAAAAAGAAGAAAAAUGGCAGAUAUUGGAGGUCAUGCAAUAUAUAAAAUAGAAGAUACAAAUAUGAUCUACAUUCCAAAUGACUCUGUAAGAGUCAGUCAUCCUGAUGAGGCCAGGUAUCUGAGAAUCUUUCAAAAUGUGGACCUUUCUAGCAACUUCUAUUUUAGUUACAGCUAUGAUCUGUCUCACUCCCUUCAGUAUAAUCUCACUAUCCUGAGAAUGCCACUUGAGACAUUAAAAACGGAAACAACCCAGACCCGACAAGAGAGUUUUGAUAUAUUUGAAGAUGAAGGACUUUCAACACAGGGGGGAAGUGGUGUAUUUGGGAUUUGCAGUAAGCCUUACAAAAAGUACGUGUGGAAUGCCAAGCUUCUGGAAGCAGUAAGAGGUGCUGUUCAUCGUGACUGGCUGCUGUAUAUUAUUCAUGGAUUCUGUGGGCAAUCAAAACUUUUAAUAUAUGGCCGCCCUAUAUAUGUCACUCUGAUAGCCAGAAGAUCAAGCAAAUUUGCUGGAACACGUUUUCUGAAACGAGGAGCAAACUGUGAGGGAGAUGUUGCUAAUGAAGUGGAAACUGAACAAAUACUUUAUGAUGCUUCAGUUAUGUCAUUUUCUGCGGGGAGUUAUUCUUCUUAUGUUCAGGUUCGAGGGUCUGUCCCUCUGUACUGGUCUCAAGAUAUUUCAACUAUGAUGCCUAAGCCACCCAUAACACUGGACCAGGCAGAUCCUUAUGCACAUGUUGCUGCUCUUCACUUUGACCAAAUGCUUCAGAGAUUUGGCUCUCCCAUUAUUAUAUUGAAUCUUGUGAAGGAACGUGAAAAAAGAAAGCACGAAAGGAUUCUCAGUGAAGAACUUGUUGCUGCUGUGACAUACCUCAACCAGUUCUUACCCCCAGAGCAUGCAAUUAUAUAUAUACCCUGGGAUAUGGCCAAAUACACUAAAAGCAAACUUUGCAAUGUCCUUGACAGACUGAAUGUGAUUGCAGAAAGUGUAGUGAAGAAGACUGGAUUUUUUGUAAAUCGACCUGAUUCCUACUGCAGUAUCUUGCGUCCAGAUGAAAAGUGGAAUGAACUGGGAGGUUGUGUUGUUUCCACUGGUCGCUUGCAGACUGGAGUCCUCCGAACCAACUGUGUGGACUGUUUAGAUCGCACUAACACAGCCCAGUUUAUGGUGGGAAAAUGUGCUUUGGCCUACCAGUUGUAUUCAUUGGGAUUGAUUGAUAAACCAAAUUUACAAUUUGAUACAGAUGCUGUAAGAUUAUUUGAAGAAUUAUAUGAAGAUCAUGGGGACACACUAUCUCUGCAAUAUGGAGGCUCUCAGCUUGUCCACAGAGUAAAAACUUACAGAAAGAUCGCUCCAUGGACUCAGCAUUCCAAAGAUAUUAUGCAAACACUCUCAAGAUACUACAGUAAUGCUUUCUCAGAUGCAGACAGACAGGAUUCCAUCAAUCUGUUUCUGGGAGUGUUCAGGCCUGCAGAAGGAAAGCCACAUCUCUGGGAACUUCCCACUGAUUUUUAUUUGCAUCACAAGAACACCCUCAGUCUGUCACAGACCAGGCAAAGCUAUACUUACUGGUGGACCACAGGUGUGCUAAAGCAUUUGCCUCUUCCUUUUGAUGAAGUGACAUGUGCUGAAAACAGACGCAAGUUGACAGUGAAGAAAUUCCACAAAUAUGAAGAGGAAAUUGAUAUCCACAAUGAGUUUUUUAGGCCAUAUGAGUUGAGCAGUUUUGAUGAAACCUUCUGCUUGGCAAUGACCAAUUCUACACGAGAUUUUAUGCCUAAGAAUGUGGGAAUUGAUCCAAGUCCAUUCACUGUUCGUAAACCUGAUGAAACUGGAAAAUCUGUGUUGGGGAACAAAAAUAACAGAGAUGAAACUGUGCUGCAGCGCAAAACAGCUGCUAGUGCUCCUCCACCCCCAAGUGAGGAAGCAGUGUCAAGUAGUUCUGAAGAUGAUUCUGGGACAGAUAAAGAAGAUGAAGGUGCUGUUUCUCAACGUUCAACUCCAGUAAAGGUGACUGAUACAGGAGACAAUACAAAAAUCACAGAGAAUGUAGUGCAAGCAACAAAAGAUGUGUAUGGAGUCAAUCUUUCAGAUAUCCCUUCAGAAGAUGAUCUUGCAAUAUAUGCAAGGUUUGUUCAGCUGGGACAGAGUCAGCAUAAACAAGACAAGGGCAGCCAGCAAUUUUGUUCAAAACGCCCCUUGGAUAAGGUCAUAAAUUUAAUACCCAUCUCCUCCUUUUCUCAAGACAAUAUUUACGAAGUCCAGCCUCCAAGAGUUGAUAGGAAAUCAAUAGAGAUUUUCCAAGCACACAUUCAGGCUGGAAGAGGAAACAUGCAGCCCCUGGGAAGAGAUGACUUCCUCAUGUACAGAGAGUACAUUCGGAACAGAUACAUGUAAAUCCAAGCCGGAUUCUCCUGCCAAAUCCACUGGACUGAUAAGUCACAAAAAUAAUUUUAGAAAGGAAAUCUAGUUUUGUUCUUUUGCAGUAAUGAAUUUGUUACUAACUUUUCUAUUUAUUGUUCUUUACUGUUAUCCAUUUAUUGUAUUGUGCUUUAGGGGAAAAGGUGGGUUAAUAUCUGAUUUAAAGGGUUAUUUAAUAGCUUUUUAGCUGAAAGUGUGUCCUAAGACACUAAGUGAAUAAUCAGAGCACCCAGUCACUGUAGAGUAUGUAGCAAUUUGUGGCAAAGAAAAUAUGGCAUCUUUAGCUUUUUUAUAUUAAUUUCUUACAUUGUUAUGUUUGCUAAUAAAACUGAAGUGAUUUGUACACGAGAAUCAGAAGAGAAUAGUUUUCUUCCUCUUUCUUCCCUGACAGAAAACAGUCUUCUUUUACAGCAGAAUAUUUCUUGAGGUUUUUAGCAAGUAAGUGCUAGAAUGACUGCUUGCCAUUUUCUGCUUUCUUAAGCAAAAGUGAAAAAUAUGUGGCUUAUGUCAAAAUCAAAAUUUGCAUCAACACCAAUAAACUUUGUAAACCUAA